UGCCCGAUGCUCCCUGGGAUAGGCUCCAGGUUCCCCCGCAACCCUGAAAAGGUUGAAGAUGGAUGGAUGGACUACUGCUUUCACCUCCAUGUUGUGCUACAUUCCCACUAAUGUACAAAUCUUUGCAUCAAAUUAGACUAGUCCUUAAAGUGCAUCAUCUCAUAGAAGCAAAAUAUAAAUAAAAUUGUACCCAAAAUAUAGGAUAAGUAAAAAUGCCAUCAACCAAAUGAAAAUAUGCAAUCAAAUAUAACAAUAUGCAACCAAAUGAAAACAAUUCAGGCCUAUGCAGAAAAGGCAAUAACAGUGUUUACAGGAGGAGAGAUGCAGCCAAAUCAUCCAAUAUAGCAGUGCAGGGAUGACGUCAUUUUGUACCGGAACCCGGAAGUUAGCAUCACACUGGUUCCCUCGAUAAAAACCCAAUAGGAUUUUCCUAUAGGCUUUUGGAUUAUUGCAAAAAAUAAGCACUGUGAUCAACAAAAGUUUACAAUACUAACACGUUUUGUUCAUCAAGAUAAUUUUCACAAAUGAACACAACUUUUAUGAAGUUUGAAGCCUAAACACAAUCGCCAGAAAUAAAAAGCUUACCAAAUGCUAUAAACAAACUACACCACAGUCGCUUGACUUCAACGUCACCAUCACCAAGCUUCCGACAACUUUUCCAAAUUGACUUAAAAACAUUUUCCAUAAUACAGAUUUACUCUGUGGAUGAAUUUUCAUCCACGUUUUUUUGGGAAUUGUGCACAGCAUACCUGAACCAGUUUAUGUGCAAAGACUUUUCCUGUUCGGCAUGAUGACGUUUAAUGUCCCCGACAACGUCUGUAGUCCCAUUUAGCAAGUUGUUAGCGUCAUGAUUUCCCCUCGCGCAAGUGCUAAAGUACAAAGCGAACCUGGCAGCGCGAUGCUAACUCGUUUCUGGGUUUUGGCAUACAAAAAUGAUGUCAUUCCUGCACCACUCUCUGGUGAUUGGCUGCAAGUUUAGAAAGUGCUUGAUUUGAUAUGCAGCAGAGUUUUCUAUGAACGUAGGACGAACUUUAAACGUCAGUAUCGCAGUCGAUGAUGUUCAUGUAAUCAUGGCCAGUCAAAAUCGUAAUCGACAUCGAUAUUCGAUUAAUUGUGCAGCCCUACUUUGUAAUGGGCUAGCACCCCAUUUAAUGUUUAUUCUUGCACUGUGCCCAGUGUUUUCAGAGAAAACUCUGGAUCCACUCAGAUAGUUAUCUUCACUUGUGAGAUGUCUAAAUUUACAGUAGAAAAGGUCCCUGAUCAUUUUUUUUUUUGUUUGCUAUUAUAAAAGCGGUCAGAUCCGAGGCGCAGGUGCUCCUACUGAUCAGUCAUGCAUUGUUCGAUCAGACCCAUACUAUCAAACGUGACUUAGCCUGCAGAUCAUAUUCAUAAGAUUUGUUUACUGCUGCAAGACAAGAAAUUUUAGAUCUCCGCCUGUGUAAGACACCUAGGCAUGUUCUAAAUGAUUUUAUGGAAAUAGGUCUGCGCAGGUGGUUUGCAUCAGAAAAAAUUAAAGACAAUUAUUCAGAAUUAUUAUCCACUGUAAUUAUGUAUACUAGUGAUGAAUGUUCCGGAUGCCUUGGAUUCUUUGCCACUUUCCUGUUAAUCCACCCAGAGCAAGUCUUUCCAAAUUCCACUACUAUACGCCCUGUUGGCGUGGUGGUGAAAGAUCAGGUAGUAAAAUGGGAUCACCUUAUUGGAUACAUGACCUUAAUGGGUUCUGAGACCUUGUUUACCAGUCGCACCUGUUGUCAUGAAACGCAUAACUAUGCUGUGUGUACCUGUAACACAUUACAUCCUUUUUCUCCCAAUGACACAAAUAUUCAGUCAUUGCAUGGCCAUUCUGAUGCAAUAGAGGUGUCAAAUACCCAGUGGUGUGUCGUAAGUGAAAUUAAUUCCUUCACCUAUGGAGGACUGAUCUGUCCUGCCAAUCAAUCCUUUUGCUUGGAGGUAACAGAGGAUUUUUCUGUGGGUCAGAGCAGCAUUCUAGGAAGGAUACCAUUGGCCACCGAAAUUUCCCCUUGGUGGGAUGACACAUUUUACGAGCACAGUGCACAAACUGUAGUGGACACAAUGGACUUGGCACAAAGAAUGGUUUUGCAGAUGGAAUAUCACCUGUCCCAGGCACAGAUAGCGACAAAUCUGGCAAAAAGGACUACACAAAUCCUUUCCAGUUCAUCUAUACGCUCAGCUUUAUAUGUCUAUACAUGGUGGGACUGGAUAUUUCGGGGAUGUGUAAUUGGCAGUGACCUCAUAUUUGCCUUCACACUGUUCCAGAGCUGCUGCCUCAGAUGCCUCAUCAGAUCCUUACAGAUAGAUAUCGACCGAUACAGCACUGUCUCUCAGCCCACAACAACUACCCACCUUGCAAUUGAUGAUCAUCAACAGAAAUUAAACACCACGUACACCGAAUAUAAUGACCCUGCAAGGACUCUUAAUUAG